UCUUCCCCAGAUUGUUGCAAAAUUGUUUGACAAAAAAGGGGUAGUUUGCACCACUAGCAAAUAGCUGAAGGAUAUGAAAAAUUGGCUAGAGAAUUAGGUAUUUCUUAUCCUGGGGUUAUCAAGAUAUUUAAUCAUGGAAGACCAACAACAUACUUUGGUCAGAGGUCACCUGAUGUGAUGGUUCCGUAUCUAUCAAGGAUGUUUGAACAACCUGUGACAAAUAUAAUUUCAAAAACUGGAAAAAAGAACUUUGACAAUGUUCAGUUACCAAAAGUUGUUGCUUAUGUGGAAAAAGAGGGUCAAGAGUACACAGAGCUUGUAAAAACUGCAAUGUCUUUUCAACCAAUGAUUCAGUUCCAUGCAGUCUUUGAUGCAAAGAUUGCAAAAAGUCUGCAGCUGAAAAAGAUUAAUUCACUACUCUUUAUUAAACCAUUUGAGAAAACUUUGAAACUGCCCAGUGCUGUUACUUGGAAAGAGAAUAAGCUUGUUGAUUUUUUGAAUCAAAACAAGAAGCAGAGCAUCAAGAAGAUGUUAUUAGAAAACAUCCAUGAAAUAUGGUCACCAGACAUGAAAGGAUAUAUAAUAGCAGUAUUUGCCAAAAUAGAAAACCCAGUUGGAAACAGAUUUUUCUCCUUGGUCAAAUCUUUGGUGAGAAGUGUUGGAGACAACGAAAAGCUUAAUUUUGUGUGGAUAGAUCCAGACCCAUUUCCAGCAAUGAAAGAAUACUGGCAAUCAACUUUCAAUGUUGACCCAACAAAGCCCAGUAUAGGUGCCGUGGAUUUGAAUGAGCAAGCAUCUACAUGGCUUUUACAAAAGGAAGAUAAAGAGCUAAAAUUAUCUGACUUAAAAAAAUGGUGCAACAAUUUGCUUGCUGGAAAGCUGAAAUUAGUUCCAUUGAGAGGUAAAGGAAAAGACCGACCUGAAAGUACAAACAAUGAAAAUGCCAACACAGAAAGCAAUAUUCAAACAGGAAAAGAUGACAAUUCCGGAAACCAAGAGGCAGGCAAUCAAGGGACAUUAUCAAAAGAUGAAAACAAGGAUGAAUUAUGAUUUUGUUAACAUAGCAGAGCUGUUGAUAAUUCUUUAGGGUUAUGAAAUUUUUUUAAAUAAAUUUCUAUUUUACCUUUGAUAUUGCUCAGCAUUGAUUUCAAGAAAAUGCUAAACAAAAAAAUAUAUGGCAAAUAAAAUGAAA